AUGUUAGAGGACGAACUUGAUCCCCAGAGAUGCCCACACCUCGCGGAGGCUUUCGCAGACGAUACUGAGAGGUCGCGUCUCAUCAAGAAGUACAAGAGUGUGGUGGCCUGGAAAGCCCAGCGUCUGCACGAGACAAUCCAUCCUGCGAAAAGGCAGAAGAUCUCAGCUCCAACUUGUGGUACCUGCGGGCUGUCGCUCAGUCGGCCUUUUGCCUGUUUGCACUGUGGAUACUCUGGGUGUUGGCAAGAUGAACAUGUAACAGAACAUCUGAAGGAUGAGGGGCAUUUUUUUUGUGCCGACGUAAAACUGGGUCUCCUUUUCUGUGUCGAAUGUGACGAUUUCAUUUACGACGCAACAAUUGACAGUCUAUUCAACUCGACUGUUCUUGCUGUUGAAGAAAGCAAUACUCACUUUCAAGUUAACAAGAAAACUCGCGAGAUCUAUCGCCCAUGGCAUCCAAGCGCGAAGGAUGCUGAGGCUCUAGACGAAACUACUAGUAUACCAUGCCAAGGUCGACGUGGAUUACUCAACCUGGGACAAACAUGUUUCCUGAACGUCAUUCUCCAAUCUAUCAUCCACAAUCCUCUACUGCGCAAUUACUUUCUCAGCGACAAACAUAAUUCGAAACUCUGCAAACAUAAAGAGUGUACUUGUUGUGAGAUAGAUAAGCUGUUCACCGAGGUGUACACUUCGUCACCGACACCAUAUGGACCUACAUCACUCCUUAUCGCUACGUGGCGCGCUUCCUCCGACCUGUCAGGCUACUCACAACAGGAUGCCCACGAGUGCUUCAUAGCGCUACUCAAUGGUAUUCACAACACGUGCCGCGGCCACACCAAUAUUUCCUGCAACUGUGUCGUGCACAGCACAUUUGCCGGACAGCUGCAAAGUGACUUGAAGUGCGAGCGCUGUGGAUACGUAAACGGGACGGUCGAUCCCUGCUUAGACAUCAGUUUAGAGCUGAGAGAGGGAAAUAUUACACUGGCUGAUUGUCUGAAAAGAUUCACACAGCAAGAGAAGCUAGGAGCAAAAGAAUACUCAUGUCCAAAGUGUGAUAAAGGGCCGCAUGAAAUCAGCAAGCGACUUUCAAUACGCAAGCUCCCGCCUGUGCUCUCUUUCCAAUUCAAGCGUUUCGAACAUAAGACCGCCGACAGAUUGUCCGCUCAAAAGAUCGAUUUGCCUGUCCGUGUCCCUGCUAGCAUUAACAUGGCUCCAUAUACAACACUUGCUGCGACAAGGAAGCCGAGCGACGAUCCCAGCCUUGCCGCAUUUUCAUAUCCUGGACCAGAAGUUAUUUACGAGUACGAUCUCUUCGCAGUGAUCAAUCAUGAAGGCCAAAUCGACAAUGGGCACUACACAAAUUUUGCGCGUCUCCAGGAUGAUUGGUAUAGAUUCGAUGACGACAAAGUGACACCAUCUACUCUUCCAGCAGUUUUGUCUGCACCUAUACCCAUAUACAUGGCGUUUUAUGUCAAACGUCGACUCGACUACAAACCUGACAUGACGCCGUCGUACGUACUCACACGAGAAACAGAAGCCGUCCGUGAGCGAGAGCAAGAGAAGGAGAAGGAAAGACUGAAGGAGAGGGAAGAAAGGGAGCGAGAAGAGCAGGCGCGAGAAGACAGGGAGCGGGAAGACAAAGAGCGGGAGGAGAGAGAGAAGGAAGUGGAAGAUGAACUAUUGGCUACGGUAUGA